UGUUUUAGAAACGAUGACCAAAAGUGGUAACACAACUGGCGAUGGACUCGAUGUCCAUUCAAUGACGAGCCAAUCAAAUGGACAAUCAGACGGUAACACAUGCCAUGAAUGCCGUCAAGUGUUCAAUACUGAAGAUCUUCUUUUAGUGCAUUUGAAUCGCAGUCACAACUCUUUGGAUGAAAACAAUAGUCAAUUACUGGACACCGAAAUGAAUGGACAAAAUAUGGACUCGUUUUUAAGCAAACGUCUCAGAAGUAGUCGUAAAAGGAAUUUGUCUUCGGCCGGAGAUUCGGGUGAAUACUCGAUAUACUUUCCCCGAGCGGUGGCUAAAGAGGUGAAGACUGUGGAUCCGAUUGAAUGCGAAGAAUGUCAUAAGAUGUUGGCGUCGGCCACCGCUUUGGAGAUCCAUACGAACAAACAUCACAAGAAGGCGAUGCCAUUCGUGUGCACUGUCUGUGAAAAGAACUUCUUCGCCAAUCUAUCGCUUCUCAACCAUUUGUCACAAAAGCACAAAAUCUGUGCCUUUGAAUGCGAGUCCUGUGACUAUAAGACACGAACCAAACAUCACUUAAUCCAACAUCAGGUGAAGCACUCGAAUCAACGGCCCUUUGAAUGCGAUGCCGACGGAUGUUAUAUGAGGUUUAAGCGCAAAGAUCUAGCGAGUCCUGUGACUAUAAGACACGAACCAAACAUCACUUAA